AAAGCCUGCCUAUUUUCAAAGAAACAUAACAAGUUAAUAUAAUGCACUUUACUAUUGAAACGACAUAGUUUUGUUCCUAAAAGAUGGAUUACCUCAAGGCCGAAACAUAUGACAGGAUGCAACACUUGUCCGUACAAUCGAAACUCAAGGAAAUAACACAACUUUCUGUCUUCUCAUAUUCACAUAAACAACAAUCUUCUUUCUUCUCUCUCUCUCUCUCUCUUGAAUCCACAAUGCCAAGCAAGCUCAAGAAGGCCAUUGCUGCCGUGAAAGACCGAACAAGCAUCAGCCUCGCCAAGGUCUCGAGCAAGGACUCCUCCAGUCUCGAGGUAGCCGUGCUGAAGGCCACGAGCCAUGAUGAUGUCCCCGUCGACGAAAAAUACGUCUAUGAGGUCCUCCGGCUCGUGUCCUCCAGCAAGAUCCACGCGGAGGCCUGCGCACAGGCCAUCGGAAAGCGCAUUGGCCGCACGCGCAACUGGAUCGUCGCCCUGAAGUCCCUGAUGCUCGUCCUCAGGAUCUUCCAGGACGGCGACCCCUACUUCCCGCGUGAGGUCCUCCACGCGAUGAAGCGUGGGGCCAAGAUCCUCAACCUCUCGAGCUUCCGCGACGAGUCCAACUCGAGCCCGUGGGACUUCACCUCCUUCGUCCGCGCCUUCGCCCUCUACCUCGACGAGCGCCUCGAGUGCUACCUCACGGGGAACCUCCAGCGCCGCAAGGCGCUGGAGGGGUCCGAAGGCGCCUCCUCUGUCUUCCAGCGGAGCCGGAGCAAGAUCAUCACCGCCACCGAGCCCAUCCAGGACAUGAAGCCAACGAUGCUCCUCGACAAGUUGUCGUACUGGCAACGCCUUCUCGAUCGGGCCAUCGUCAUGCGGCCGACUGGGUCCGCGAAAGCGAACCGGCUCGUCCACGUCGCGAUCUACGCUGUGCUCAAGGAAAGCUUCGAUCUUUACAGAGAUAUAUCUGAAGGGCUUACCCACAUUCUUGAUAGCUUCUUCCAUAUGCAAUACCAAAAUUGUGUCAUUGCAUUUCAAACUUGCAUCAAAGCUGUGAAGCAAUCUGAUGAAGUCUCUGCUUUCUUCAACCUCUGCAAAAGCUCAGGCAUCGGAAGAAUCUCCGAAUAUCCAACCGUGCAAACGAUAUCCGAAGAAUUGAUAGAAUCUCUUCAAGAAUUCUUGAAAGAUCAAUCAUCCUUAGUCAGCAAGCCGGCGGCGACGAGCCAGAUCGCUGCCCCGACGCCGGUGGCAGUGAAACAGGCAGCUGCCCUGGCGCCGGUGCGGACGAGGUCCGUCGCUCAAAAGAGCCACCGCGCGCAGUCGGAGUUCUCGGUUGCGACGGACGACGUCUCUGACGAGGGGUCCGAGGCCGAGUCCCUGGGCGCCCCCUCGUUGGAGGAGCUGAUCGAGGCGUCCGGGACGUGGAAGAGCCGCGGCAUUUCCAUUGAUCUCGAGGCUUAUUCGACGUUCAAGCCCGAGGACGCGUUCGGGGUGAGCGACACCGGCUCCAGCCGAUCGCUGCCGGUAUCGGUUAGCGCCGAUCUGAUGUCGCUCGACGAUUGGUCGGUGGAGGACAACGACGAAGACGACGAUCUGGAACCCCGGCGGAGGGAGAAAUUGGGGACGUUGCUAUCGAAAAAUUGGGAAACUGUGCUAGCUGAAACAAUGCCGACUAGGUCUACGCCAAUGCCUCACAUAGACAUUGACGCAAACACCUUUUCUGCGUUCCCGGAAACCCUGAAUGUCGAUGGCGGAGGCGAGGAGGAUCUGUUCCUGUUUGAGGUGGCAGAGGCGGCGCCGGUUGAUCAGAAUUUCAAUCCUUUUGUAGAGAAUUCGACGGAAUUGGCGGCGGCGCCGACGUUUACUGCGGAAAAUCCGAAUGUGGGUUCGGUUGAAAAUGAUCCUUUUGCUUCUUGGGCUGAUUUCUCCGAUCAAGGUGCCGGCGGCGGCGGAGAUCAGCAGAAUUUGAAGGAGCAGCAAGAGCUGUGGCUGCAAAAUCAGAACAAGAUUUUAGAGAAGAAUUGCUCUUAGUGUGAAUUCAAUGAGAUGUA